AUGAGAGGAUUAGCAACAAUUUCACCAUCGACAAGAAACUGGAACCCAAUAGCUUCGAACAACAUCCCCACAUACCAAAGCAAUGUAAAUCAUCAUCAAAACAUAUACUUCCGAAUUCAUCUGGGAACAAAUUCAUCAUCGGAAAAAGUCAAGCCCCUUUCUUCCUUUGCCUUGAACCCGUCGAAAAGCCCAAAUCAGCCAAUUGAAAAGGACACCAAGCCGCCAUUGGUCGUGGUUGGAUCCGCCAAUGCAGAUAUAUAUGUGGAGAUUGAUAGGCUGCCAAAAGAGGGCGAGACAAUUUCAGCCAAAAGUGGACAAACUCUGGCCGGGGGGAAAGGGGCUAAUCAGGCUGUUUGUGGGGGCAAAUUGGCGUACCCAACUUAUUUUGUUGGGCAAGUCGGGGAAGACGCUCAUGGGAAAUUGAUCAGUGAAGCACUUGAGGAUGGUGGGGUUCAUAUUGAUUACUUGAGAACUGUUUCUGAUGCUCCCACUGGGCAUGCUGUGGUGAUGCUGCAAUCAGAUGGGCAGAAUUCGAUUAUUAUUGUUGGUGGUGCUAAUAUGUCCUACUGGCCUAAUAAUCUCUCUGAUGAGAAUUUGGAGAUUGUGAAAAAUGCUGGGAUCCUUUUGCUUCAGAGGGAGAUUCCCGAUUCUGUCAACAUUCAAGUUGCAAAGGCUGCCAGAAAUGCUGGUGUUCCAGUUAUCUUGGAUGCUGGGGGAGUGGAUUCACCAAUCCCUCGUGAGCUAGUUGCUACUGUUGAUAUCCUCAGCCCAAAUGAAACUGAACUUGCCCGUUUGACAAGUAUGCCAACAGAAGAUUUUGAGCAGAUCAAGAAAGCAGUGGGAAAAUGCCAUGAAAUGGGGGUCAAGCAAGUCCUUGUGAAACUCGGUGCCAAGGGAUCAGCUCUUUUCACUGAAGGAGAAGCACCAAUUAGACAGCCGAUCAUAUCUGCUCCUAAAGUUGUAGAUACGACUGGAGCUGGUGAUACAUUUACAGCAGCCUUUGCCGUGGCACUUGUGGAGGGGAAGUCCAGAAAGGAGUGCUUGGAGUUUGCUGCUGCAGCUGCUUCUCUAUGUGUUCAAGUCAAGGGGGCCAUUCCAAGCAUGCCCGAAAGGAAGUCUGUAUUGCAUCUUGUUCAGUCAUAUUGA